AUGAAACUUUUUCAAACAAAAGUUAGAUUUUUAGGUCAUGAAAUUGACCAAGGAACAAUAAUUCCUAUACAAAGAAGUAUUGAAUUUGCUUCAAAAUUCCCCAAUAUUAUUACAGAUAAAAAACAAUUACAAAGAUUUCUUGAUAGUCUUAAUUAUAUAGCAGAUUAUUAUGAAAAUCUUGCUAAAGAUAUUGCCAUAUUACCCUUUGCAUGGGCUCGGCGUGCACUAGUAUGGUCUGGAGAAGCUUACUUAUCUUAUAGUUUAGGUGCUUUAGCCGUUUUUGGUUUUAUAGCUUGUUGCUUUGUCUGGUUUAAUAAUACUGCUUAUCCUAGUGAGUUUUAUGGUCCCACUGGACCAGAAGCUUCUCAAGCUCAAGCAUUUACUUUUCUAGUUAGAGACCAACGUCUUGGAGCUAAUGUAGGCUCCGCUCAAGGGCCUACCGGUUUAGGUAAAUAUCUAAUGCGUUCUCCGACCGGAGAAGUUAUUUUUGGAGGAGAAACUAUGCGUUUUUGGGAUCUGCAUGCUCCCUGGUUAGAACCUCUAAGAGGUCCUAAUGGUUUGGACUUGAGUAGACUGAAAAAAGACAUACAGCCUUGGCAAGAACGUCGUUCCGCGGAAUAUAUGACUCAUGCUCCUUUAGGUUCUUUAAAUUCCGUGGGUGGCGUAGCUACAGAGAUUAAUGCAGUCAAUUAUGUCUCUCCUAGAAGUUGGUUAGCUACUUCUCAUUUUGUUCUAGGAUUCUUCCUAUUCGUGGGUCAUUUAUGGCACGCGGGAAGAGCUCGCGCAGCUGCCGCAGGAUUUGAAAAAGGAAUUGAUAGAGAUUUUGAGCCUGUUCUUUCCAUGACUCCCCUUAAUUGAGACAUGAAAUCCAAUGCUUGACGUAAGAAUCACUUUGAUUUUAGUAUACAUAUUGGGUUGAGUCGAGCAGAUCAGAU